AUGAAAAAAUUCUUGAGUUUUAAAGGUGAAGGCACUCGAAAGAAUUUCACUGACCAUCUGCGCACCGCAUUGGAUCAAAAGGGCCUUAGAAUAUUUAGGGAUCAUGAAAGUAUUGAGAGAGGGAAGGAAAUUUCGUCUAAGCUAUUGAAAGCAAUUGAAGAUUCCAUGAUUUGGAUCAUAAUUUUUUCAAGAAAUUACGACUCAUCGACUUGGUGUUUGGAUGAACUUGUAAUGAUUGUUGAUUGCUUAAAUGUGGAUAAACAUCGUGCAUUGGUGCCAGUUUUUUACGACAUAAAUUCGUUAGAUGUACGAAGACAAACGGGAGAUUUAAAGAAAGCUUUUGAUAAACAUGAAGAAGAGUUUAGAGAUGAUGAGGAGAAGGUGCAAAAGUGGAGAAGUGCUAUGAGAAAGGUAGCCAGUUUGUCUAGAUGGCAUUUGAAGGAUAGUGGGAUCCACCUUUUGGGGACUAUGAGUGGAAGCAAUAACAAUAAUAUUUCUAAUGGAACAUUUUUCUGGGAAAAGGUUUCUACUUCUGUUAGAUGA